GAUAUUAAAACCAAUAGCAGUUAGCUAACAGCAAGGUGUUCUAACUAGUAUAACUUAACUCUCGCUAACGCUAAUAUUCUUAUUAGGAUUUGUUUAUGGCUAUAUCAGUCUAAAUACAUCCAGGUUUAGUGGUUUCUCCUAUUAAAGAAAGAAAGUAUGCAGCAUGGAUUAUGGAGAAAGAGUGGGUUUCUAGAUCAGGGAACCCAUUGGAGACAAACAGAAAACAAUAACGAAAGAUACAGGGUGGUUCAUUAUGUUCUUGUUCCCUUCCCCUUCCUCCAUAGUUUCCAUCUUUCUCUCUCUUCCCCCCCAUGGAGAGUUGGAGACUAGUGUAUAAAUGUAGGUAGAAGAAUUAAGCCCUACUGCUAAUCUUUCAUCCUUUCUAUCCAGACUUGUAGGUUCUGUGUUUUGUUCACCUUCUAGGUGCUGCAAGCCUACAAGAUGGUAGUGAAGAUUUCUCUAAUGCUUUUUUUCUGCUUACUCUUCACAGUUUCUGCUCUUAAAGCUCCUCUUGAAGGUUUUCUACCAAAUGGAAACUUCGAAAAGCAACCAAAGCCAACUAAUGUCAAGCAUACAGUAAUUCAAGGGAAAUAUGCCUUACCCAAAUGGGAAACCUCUGGACUUGUUGAGUACAUCUCUGGUGGGCUGCAGCCGGGCGGGAUGUACUUUCCGGUGUCAAACGGCAUCCAUGCUGUUAAGCUUGGGAAUGAGGCCUCAAUUUCUCAGACAAUCCGGGUGAAGAAGGGGACUCUGUAUGCACUCACAUUUGCAGCCUCGAGAACCUGUGCACAACAAGAGGUGCUGAGGGUCUCACUGCCACCAGCAUCUGGGGACAUUCCUAUGCAGACUGUGUAUAGUAGCAAUGGCGGUGAUGUUUAUGGUUGGGCCUUCAGAGCCACUUCCAACUUUGCAAAGGUGAUCUUACACAAUCCUGGAAUGGAAGAAGAUCCUGCUUGUGGCCCACUUAUAGAUGCUAUUGCUAUCAAAGAACUUUUGCCUCCACGGCUCACUAGAAAUAACUUGGUCAAGAAUGGUGGUUUUGAGGAGGGCCCUCACCGUCUAAGAAAUGCAUCAGAUGGUAUCCUAAUCCCCCCGAAGACAGAAGAUGUAGAAUCCCCACUUCCAGGCUGGAUCAUCGAAUCACUAAAAGCUGUCAAGUACAUCGACAGAGUACACUUCCAAGUCCCCUUUGGCCGUGCAGCCAUAGAAUUAGUAGCAGGGAAAGAGAGUGCCAUUGCACAAAUCAUCCGAACACUCCCGAAGAAGAACUACAUCCUUACAUUCACUGUAGGAGAUGCAAAAAACGAUUGCCAUGGAGACAUGAUGGUUGAAGCAUUUGUAGGAACGCAUGCCUUCAAAGUUCCAUUCACAUCUGUAGGAAAGGGCAAUUUCAAGACCAUAAGGUUCAAGUUUACAGCGUUAGGCAUUAGGACUAGAUUAACAUUCUUCAGUUCCUUCUAUCAUACUAGGAUGAACAACUUUGGAACUCUUUGUGGUCCUAUUAUUGAUGAAGUUAAAGUAUCCCCUGUUGCUUAGGUUUAUCAUCCUCAGAACUAUACAGCCAGUUUGUAAUGGUCAUAUGAACUUUUCAUUUACACCUCACGUGAGAAAUGAACACUGAGGUACAUGUUGCAACUUUGUAAUUGCUUAAACUAAAAUUUAGAAUGGAAGAAAUCAAAAGAAUCAAGUUUGCACAAUAAGCAUGUAAAAUCAUAGUAUAAAUAAAUGGCCAUCUGCUUGACACUAACCUAUAAGCAUUACUUUAUGAACUUGUAUAUAGUCUUACCUCAUCGCAGCAUAGCUUCUAUAGAUUGUCAUUUCCACUAGUGCACCUUCCUGAAAAUAUUUUCU